CAUGCGCAGGGGGCGCGCCGCCUCUGCCCCGCGGCGAGGGUGUCUAUGGAGAGGCGGCGGCCGCGGCGGCGGAGGCGGCGGAGCGGCCGGGGCCGCGGCGAUGGCGCCCUUCCCGGAGGAGGUGGACGUGUUCACGGCGCCGCACUGGCGCAUGAAGCAGCUGGUGGGGCGCUACUGCGACAAGCUUUCGAAAACGAACUUUUCCAACAACAAUGAUUUCCGUGCUCUUCUGCAGUCUCUGUAUGCUACUUUUAAGGAGUUCAAAAUGCACGAGCAGAUUGAAAAUGAGUACAUCAUUGGUUUGCUUCAGCAACGCAGCCAGACCAUUUAUAAUGUGCAUUCUGACAAUAAACUCUCCGAGAUGCUUAGCCUCUUUGAAAAGGGACUGAAGAAUGUUAAGAAUGAGUAUGAGCAGUUAAAUUAUGCAAAACAGCUAAAAGAGAGACUGGAGGCAUUUACAAGAGAUUUUCUUCCCCAUAUGAAAGAGGAAGAGGAGGUUUUUCAGCCCAUGUUAAUGGAAUAUUUUACCUAUGAAGAGCUGAAGGAUAUUAAAAAGAAAGUGAUCGCACAGCAUUGCUCCCAGAAGGACACGGCAGAACUCCUUCGCGGCCUCAGCCUGUGGAACCAAGCUGAGGAGCGGCAGAAGUUUUUUAAAUACUCUGUGGAUGAGAAGUCAGAUAAAGAAGCAGAAGUGUCGGAACAGUCCACAGGUAUAGCCCAUCUUCCUCCUGAGGUGAUGCUGUCAAUUUUCAGUUAUCUUAAUCCUCAAGAAUUAUGUCGAUGCAGUCAAGUAAGCACUAAAUGGUCUCAACUGGCAAAAACUGGAUCACUCUGGAAACAUCUCUACCCUGUUCUUUGGGCCAGAGGUGACUGGUACAGUGGUCCUGCAACUGAGCUCGAUACUGAGCCUGAUGAGGAGUGGGUGAAAAACAGGAAAGAUGAAAGUCGUGCUUUUCAGGAGUGGGACGAAGAUGCUGAUAUUGAUGAAUCCGAAGAGUCUGCAGAGGAAUCGAUUGCUAUCAACAUUGCACAAAUGGAAAAACGUUUACUCCAUGGCUUAAUUCAUAACGUUUUACCGUAUGUUGGUCCUUCUGUAAAAACUUUAGUAUUAGCAUACAGCUCUGCAGUUUCCAGCAAGAUGGUUAGACAGAUAUUAGAGCUCUGUCCUAACUUGGAACAUCUGGAUCUUACCCAGACUGACAUUUCAGAUUCUGCAUUUGACAGUUGGUCCUGGCUCGGUUGCUGCCAAACUCUUCGGCAUCUUGAUCUCUCUGGAUGUGAAAAAAUCACAGAUGUGGCUCUCGAGAAGAUUUCCAGGGCACUUGGAAUUCUCACAAAUCAUCAGAGUGGCCUUUUGGAAACGUCAGCAAGCAAAGAUACCUCAGCUCCGUGGAAGGAUAAAGACAUUCCCGUGCAGUCCACCAAGCCUUACGCUCGUGUGCCCGAUUUGACUGACAAGGGCUUUGGAGGAGAAAUAGACAACGAGCACCCCUGGACUACUAAGCCCGCUUCUGCGGGAAAUUUCACUUCUCCUUCCGUGUGGAUGUUAGAUGCUGAGGAUUUGGCUGACAUCGAGGACGCUGUCGAGUGGAGACAUAGAAACGUGGAAAGUCUCUGUGUGGUGGAGACGGCGUCCAGCCUCAGCUGUUCCUCGUCUUGUUGCUACGGCAGGGACUUGGCUGGACUAAGGACUAGCGUCUGCUGGCAGCAGCAGUGCGCCUCCCCGGCGUUCGCCUACUGCGGUCACUCCUACUGUUGCGCCGCGACAGCGCUGAGAACUAUGGCCUCACUCCCGGGGCCCCCUGCUCUGUGCAGGAGCGCGGCAAGGACUCGACCGCCCAGGGAGAAGGACUCCGUCUCCCCCGGGAGUGAGCAGUCUGGGCAGGAGACGGGCCGCGGGCUCCUGUUCCUCAGUCUCUCCGGCUGCUACCAGGUCACAGACCACGGUCUCAGGGCUUUGACUCUGAGAGGAGGGCUGCCUUACUUGGAGCACCUUAAUCUCUCCGGUUGUCUUACUGUCACUGGUGCCGGCCUGCAGGAUUUGGUUUCAGCAUGUCCUUCUCUAAAUGAUGAAUAUUUCUACUACUGUGACAACAUUAACGGUCCUCAUGCCGACACAGCCAGUGGAUGCCAGAAUUUGCAGUGUGGUUUUCGAGCCUGCUGCCGCUCUGGCGAAUGACUCUUGACUUCUACUACUACUACAGAGUAGACCUUUGUCUACUUCAUUUAGCUGAGCAGGCUUCCUUCCAUGCACUUUACUUACAGCACAUGUCUCGUGUUAACCAUCCCUUUCUGAUUGUGACUUGUUUUGGCCCCAACUCUCGAAGCCCCCCAGAUCUUCAUUUUCACCAGUGAAUUCUACAGUGUUGUCUUUUCUUGCAAAAUCAUAUUUUUGUUUUAGAAAGGGAAUAGUUCUUUUCACAAAGGUUGAGAGUUAAGAACAGUCUUACCAUAUUUCUUCGAAAUCGAAUUGUAAAAGAAUGUCACUAAUACUGUGCCACUUAAAGUACAAGUUUAAGGUUAUCUUGGUUUUUAAAGUUAAUGGGGUUAUUGGUUCUCUUUAUAGAACACUCUAUCAGCUUUGCAGACCUUUUCAGACAUAACAUUUUUAAAGUCUUAUUUUAAAAAGUUGCACAUUUUGGAAACCAAUCUUUUUUUUCCCCCAUGUUUCCUUUAGCAAAUCUGAGGGCCAAUUCAGACAUACCCAUAUAUAAGAUUCUUUAAGAUUCUAGAAUAAAUUGGCUUCGUGGUGUGAGCUCAGUGAGCUCCAAAGCACCGUGUAUUUGUCUUUGCUUCUUCAAAGAUUCCCUGCUUCCCACCACUGUCCCUAAAUUGUCAAAUUUGGGGGGCGGGACUUUAAAAAAAAUUCCACAAUCAUUUGAAGAAAUGUAUAAAUAAAAUCUACUUUGAGGACUUUA